AUGUUGAGAGCAAGACUCAUCCGCCAGCUUGCACCCCUCGCUCAGCAUGCUCGGGCUACCAUCCGCCCCUGUUCUGCCCUCCCAUCACGCGCUCUUACUGUCCCCUUGUCACGCGGGCGGUUCACAAAACCGUACUCGACCUCCCCCGCCCAGCCUACAGUCGAACAGCAAUUACAACGCCUUGUAUCGCUCCUCAAAGAAGUCUCGGCUGUCAACUCCAAAGCCGAAAAGCAGAGGAUCAUCUCACAGUACCCGGAUUUGAGGAAAGUGCUCGAGCUGAUAUACGAGCCUAAUUUGCGUACGCAUAUGACAUCUACACAAUUCCACAAAAUCCUGUCCACCCCCGAACCCACUCUUUCACCAUCUCCACUCGACAACCUGCCCUCCGACAUCCCCACCCUUUUUCACCUCCUCUCCUCUCGCGCCGUCACCGGCAACGCCGCCAAAACCCUCAUCCUCUCUUUCUUGGAAGCUCAUGGCGUAAGAAGGAAGGAAGAAUUGGAAGACAUGUUUGGGAGGUUGUUGGAUCGGAAUUUGAAUGGCGGAUUUGGGGCGAGGAUUUUGAAGGAAGUGCAAUGGCUUGGGGAGGAGGGGACGAAGGCCGAGGGAGGGGUGAAGGGGGAGGGGGGAGCCAAGAGGGGAAGGCCCAGGAAAUUUCCUCCCCCCGAGCCUCUUGACUCCGCGGCCGUUCCUACCACCACGAAAGCCAGACAGUCCCCGAAAUCCUCCCCCACCACCCCCAACGCAACCCCCGUCCUCCCAAACUUUGGUCCUCUAGAGAAAUUCGAAGUAGCUCUCGGCAAAUCUAUCGAACCCCCAUUCGACGCGCUCUUCUCUGGCCGUACGGGCGGCGGAGUAUGGUACGCUUCACGCAAGCUGGAUGGGGUUCGGGUCCUCACCUUUUUGGACUUUCUCGUUCCGCCUUCUGCGGAUGGGGAAGAAGGAGGCGGGAAGCCGGAAUUGAUAAGCACGCAUUUUGUGAGCCGAUCGGGACGGGCGUUCAAGUCGCUCUCGAAACUGGGUGAGCAGCUGUCUACGCUCGCUGAAUACCCGAAACUCGGCGAGAUUCUUUCCUACGAUACCGAGACCAUCCCCCUCUCCCCCUAUUCCUCCUCUGGAACUGGUAUCGUGAAACGGCUCGUUCUGGACGGCGAGGUCUGCGUCAUGCGCCCCAAAACCCCCUCCGAAUUGAAGAUUUCAGAAGCAAAAGACGACGGUUCCCCCGCUAGCGGUAUCUGGCAAGCCAACGACCCUUACGUCGAAGACUUCCCUUCCACCGUCUCUCAAGUACGCAAAUCUGGAACGAUCCAGCAUCUCUCCUACUUCCUCUUCGACUUUUUACCAUGGGGCGAAGUACACGCUAAAGGCGCUUUACCCGGCUAUGGCUUGUCACAAACAUUCUCUCAACGCGCCCAAGCUCUACAAGAGCUCACUUCCUGGUUUGACAAGGAGCUGGAGGCACAAGGGGUGGGGAAGGAGGGGAGGAUGGUGAAAGAGUUGAGGCAGUGUAAGGUUGAGGGGUUGGGGGAUGUGGAAGGGAUGGUGGAGAGGGCGGCGGAGGAAGGAUGGGAAGGUUUAAUACUGAGGAAGGAUGCGUUGUAUAAGGGGAAGCGAUCCCCCGACGUGCGUAAAUUCAAAGAAUGGCAAGACGCCGAAUACCCCGUCCUCUCCCUAACAACCACCACCAUGCGUCUAUCCAUCAACGGCACAUUCGCCGAACGGCAAGCCAUGGCCAACGUAUGGAUUGAACAUAAAGGCACAAAAGUAGCGGUGGGCUCGGGGUGGACGGCGGAGGAGAGAGUGAGGUAUGCAGAGAGGCCGGAGGAGAUUGUGGGGAAGGAGAUCACGGUAGAGUUUUUUGAGGAGAGUGAGCGGCUGGGGGCGGAUGGGGAGAAGGAGGGGGGGAAGAGUUUGAGGUUUCCGAGGGUGAAGAAGGUUUGGGAGGAGGGGAAGAGGGAUAUUUGA